GUAGUACUGCGACGUGUUUUGUUUUCUCCCAGCUAUCUUUUUCUCCUUCGUCUUCGCUUUAACUUUUCCCAUCCCAAGAAAAGUCUAGAUCUAAUUAAAAUUUUCAAAUCCCAAGCAGCAUUUACUCUGCACAUUUUAGAAUCGCCAGGUUAGGUGUUCAUUUCAAUUUUCUUUUCUUUUUUUUUGCUUUUUCGUCUUUUUUGCUCAUUGUUGACAGUCAUUCCAUCACCAAAACAAAAUUAAUUUUUUAGGUUUUUUUUUUUUUCACAUACUUUCUAACGCAAAUGCAUCGGCAAUAUGCGAUCAUUUAUUUGUUUUUAUCUCAAUAUAGGGUUCCGAAUUACGAACGAGAAAAACUUAGGGUUCUGAUUACUGUUAAAGCAUUAUUAUUGGGUGUUUCUUAUUUUCUUUUUCAUAAACUUUUUUUUUAUACUUGGUACUCUGUUGCAUAAACGUCGAGGAUGGAUUAAUAGAUAUUUCUUCUCUGUUUUCUUGAAUGAUUGUUGCUUGAUAUGAGGAGGAUUCUCAAGGGCUCCCAACACAUUUUUUCCUAAGUGCAAUUGUUUGAUUACGAUCAACAAAAACGCGUGGUGUUUCUUUCUAGCCCACUAUGUCCAACAGAGUGUAAGUGUAGUCGAAUUCCAUUCAGCUGAGAAAACGACGUAGUGUCUAGACACUAACCUUUGAAUGGUAUUUAGGGUACAUGUUUAUAGGUGGAGAAUUCAUGUAAGCUGGAAUUAUAGGCUAAAUGGUGGUUUGUUUAUAUAGAAUAAUUGAUUUUGUUUUUAUCAGUCUGUUGUAAAACCAAAUUGAUUUUUCUAGAUGAUGUUAGAAAGAUAUAUUAUAGAGAAUAAUAAAGGAAUAACGAAGAAAAAGGUGGAAAUCUAUUGGAUCAAUAAGAACUCACCAGAAGUCCUUCUGCAUGCCUAACAUUUUAUUGAUAAUACUCUCUCUAAUAUAGAUUUUGUUUUCUUCUGCAUAUGCGUCAAAACCACGAAAGGUGUAUAGAUGCAAUUGAAUUAACUUCAAGGGUUAUAUGAAUAAUCAGUGAUACAUGUCAAGUCAAAAGACUAAUCAUUUUGUAUAUAUAUAAAAAAUCAGUUAACAUUUUUGUUACAGGGGAAUUUUUGUUUUAAAUGGAAGAGAGAUCAAAAUGUUUGCAAAUAGAAGUAGAAGGGGAGCUCCCAGCUAUACUGACAGAAGCUACAACAGAAGUGGUUAACUUUGACAAUCACAAAGAGAAUAGUCUUCCUCGUCCUCCUCGCUUCAUCAGUCGUUUUCAUCCUUCUCAUGCCUCUACCUCUGAUUUGAAUGGUCUAGAAGCAUCAAGUUUAUCAGCGAGCAAAACAAUGGAAGCUCACAAUGAGGAUCUCAAAGAGACAAAACCCGGGAUGACGAUCAAUCAUCAAAGGAAGACAUCACUUCCAAUGCCAACUUCACCAAUUGAUCAUAUGAUCGCUGAUCCUACAUCUUCAUCAUCCGACAACAACAAAAACGGUGGGUCAACUGGAAAAUCCGUUAAGUUUCUCUCUCAGCCGGUGACCAAAGUCCCAUCCCUCUACAUUGAAACCUGCAAAGAUAAUGAUAAUGAUAGUCUUCGCCCUGAUAAUCAUCAACAUCAACAUCAUCAUCAGCAACAUCACCAGAGCGGUCAACUUCAAAAUCAAAAGCCUGCAUCGCAUAAGCUUAAGGAUCACAGGUACAACUCAUUCAAGACUUGGUCAGGGAGACUUGAGAGACAAUUCACAAGAAAACCAGCUUCUAUACCGGAGACACCAAACCGGGCUAAGGAGCAUUUAAAUACUAAUCAUGAAGCCAUGCCUGUGGAUCGAUACUUCGCUGCCUUAGAAGGUCCUGAAUUGGAGACUCUCCGGUCUCAAGAAGAGAUCGUUCUACCAAGUGAACAAACAUGGCCAUUCCUUCUCCGCUUCCCGAUAUCCACCUUCGGUGUGUGCCUUGGAGUGGGCAGCCAAGCCAUAAUGUGGAAAACCCUAGCCACUGCGAAGCCAACAAAGUUCCUACACGUAUCCCUCUGGAUACACCGGAGUCUCUGGUUCAUCUCGGUCGCAUUAGUUCUCAUCAUCGCCACUAUUUACCUCCUCAAAAUCAUCCUCUACUUCGAAGCCGUACGCCGCGAAUACUACCAUCCCAUCAGAAUCAACUUCUUCUUCGCGCCUUUCAUUUCAUUACUCUUCUUAGCCUUAGCGGUCCCACCUUUUAUAGUUACAGACUUGCCACAGUUCCUUUGGUACGUCCUCAUGUUUCCUUUCAUCUGUCUCGAGCUCAAGAUUUACGGACAGUGGAUGUCGGGUGGUCAACGCAGGCUCUCCCGAGUCGCCAACCCGACCAACCAUCUCGCAAUCGUUGGGAACUUUGUAGGGGCGUUGCUUGGUGCAAGAAUGGGCCUUAGGGAAGGACCAAUAUUUUUCUUCACCGUUGGGAUGGCUCAUUACUUGGUUCUGUUUGUGACAUUGUACCAAAGACUACCGACCAAUGAGACUUUGCCUAAAGAUCUUCACCCUGUGUUCUUCCUUUUUGUUGCCGCUCCAAGUGUUGCUUCCAUGGCUUGGGCUACGAUCACUGGCUCCUUCAACUAUGGCUCCAAAGUCUGUUACUUCAUCGCCAUGUUCCUCUAUUUCUCCUUGGCGGUUCGGAUUAAUUUCUUUCGUGGAAUCAAGUUUUCGUUGUCUUGGUGGGCGUAUACAUUUCCAAUGACUGGGGCUGCAAUUGCAACCAUCAGCUACGCAGCAGUAGUGAGGAACACUAUGACUAAAGUACUGUGUGUGAUCCUCUGUGCCAUUGCGACACUAGUUGUUUUCGCACUCCUCGUGACCACGAUCAUCCAUGUCUUUGUCCUCGGAAAUCUUUUCCCCAAUGACAACGCUAUAGCCAUCAGCAACCGCCCAAGAUCCAAACAGACUAACCACCACCGUUGGCUCGAACAGUUUAGAAACGUAAGCUCAGAGACCAUCGAAAAUUACUUGAAAUUCGCAGACUCCGACAGUAAUGAUCUAGAAGCUGCCAUUGACAAAAUUCAAGAGAAUAAUUCGGCACAAUAAAAAAAUCAUAUCAUGUGUAUAGUCAGAGUCGUAGUAUACGAUUUUUGGUUUUGACUUGGUGUCACUGUGGCUGACACAAGUGAGGAACCUAGUAACGUAAACUGUUGGUUGCUAUGGUUCUAAUGAGCAUGUGUAAACUUGUAGUAACAAAAAGUAGGGAUGUCUACAAGGGUGAACUGAUCUAAAUCAGAACCAAUUUCUCCUAAGCUGGAUUUGUUAGCGGUUAACCCAAUACAGUAUGUAAAAACUUGUUUAGUUCCAAUAAAUAAAAAAGUUUUUGACUUUCGAGAGGCUAUAAUCAUUUGAUCGGCAAAUCUACAAAUGCUAUGGAGACCAACCAAAGCCAUUGAUGUCGUUCAACAAAAAGGAUCUGGAUCCGUGACAACUUACAAAUCAACAGAAUCAUCAUUUAAAAUGUAAUUCUGCAAGAAAAGUUAUUCUCUGUCAACACGAAGCUACUGCUUCUUGCAUCAAAAGCUAACACGGGAGGCUCAAACCACUCCUUGUGCCGUCUCUUAUUAGUUUUUUUUUCUUCAUUUUAUUCAUAAAUCAAGUUUUCUCAUACGAUACAGUACACACGUUUCAGUUGUUUUUAUGCAUUUAUUUCAUACACAACAAUAACAUUCCAUUGUUUUGUCAAAAAAAAAGAAAAACAAUAACAUUCCAUUGGCUGACCUUGACGUGUUAUAAAAAUUUGAAAUUGUCAACCAUAUAUUAUCAAUAGGUUAUACAAAAAAUCAAUAGAUUAAUAUGACUAAUAAAUCUAGUGGUAUUGUAGAUUGUACUACUGUACGUCUCUUUCAAUAUAAGUCAACUGUACUUCAGUUCGUUAUUCAUAAAAUCAGAAUGUACUUCCAAUGUCUAAUCUGGAAUGUCAACUCUGCAUGAUCAAUAAGAUUCUCUUUAUUUCAAAUAUUUCUAACCAAUCGGAUUUAUCCUUUGGUCUGGUUUAUUCUUAUCCUCAAUGAAUUCUACAAAUGUGUAUGUGUCCAAAAGAAGAUGCAACAUCUUUAGCAAAAAAAAAAGUAAUUAACCACCUCGUGAAUCUAUCUAUACUAUUAUUUAUGAAGUGAUUUUGCUGAUUUGUCACAUUCUCCAUGAUUUUAGCUAAUUUUGCUUAUUUGUCAUAUUAUUAUUAGUUUUUAAUUUAAAUAUUUAAUUUAUUAAUUUAAAUAAUAUAAAUAUUUCGAAUUUUUUAAUUAAUUUAUUAAUUUAAAUAGUAUAUUGUUUCGAACUUUCUAAUUGGAAUUAUAAUUAUUUUAACUUUCACAAGUUUCUUAUUAGUUUUUAGCUUAAAUCGUUAAUUUAUUCAUUUAAAUAAUAUAACUAUCUCGAAAUUUCUAAUUGGAACUAAAAUUAUAAUUGUUUUAACUUUCACAAGUGAAGACUAAUUCUUGUUUUCAUGUGAUGUAAGAUGUUUUAAAUUUUAUAGUUCCAUUUUUUUCAUUCAUUCCAAAUUACCGGUUAUAGUUUUAUUUCAUCAUUUAGGUACAGUGUUUUCUGGUUGUUUCAAUUGCUUGGGUUAUCUUCAUGAUAUCACUUUCAUUCUGAUGAAUGCUCUCUUUUCAGUGGUUCAAUCAUUUUGUGCAGAUCAAACAAUAUUUUUUUGUCAAACAAUAUUAUUCUUUGAGUUAUUUGCAUUAAGGACUAUAUGAACAACAUCAAAGCUUCAUUCUCUCUUUAGCUGUAGAUCCUUUUUUGGGUUCUUGACAUCUAUAUUUAUGUACUUUCGAUAUUUGUUUUCUGUUUAGUUGGAAUUUUAUGUUUUUCUUUCUUUCAUUGACUUUAAAAGACUAGGAAGCAAAUCGGUUUUGCUAUAUGCAGUUUAGAAUUAUGAAUUAGUUAUUCUAAAUUAUUUAAUGGCAGUUAUUUCACUUAUAUGUUUUAUUACUGUUUAAUUUAUAAGAAAACUUAUGCUUUGAUAUUAAUUUUAAAGAGUUGCUUAUGUAAUCAUGUUAAUUAUGAAUAUGUGUUCAAUGGUUUAAUCUCUAAAACGGCUAAAGUAGAUAUAUUUUUGAUGAAUAAUUAGAUUUAUUAUUAUAUAAUUAACUAUAAUAAUAAUAAAACUAUUUUUUUCUAUUUUUUUGUUUAUUAAAUGUAAACUAAUGAAAUAUUUUGAUAACUCAAUGUAUAUAUUUAUCAAGUAAACCAAUGAAAUAUUAUCAUUAUCUCAAUUGUUUUUUUAAGUUUUUUUUCUAAAUUAUCAUCGAACUUUAUUUUUUAUUUACUUUUUAUUUAUUUUAUUUUUAUUUGGAUUUGCGUGUUUCAAUGUUUGUUGGUAAUUUAAUACAUUUUUCUGGUUCAAAAAUACAAAGUAGAUUAAGAGAGACCAAAAGUUCACAUUCUUCGUUGUCUAAAAUAGAAGUUCACAUUCUUAUUUUACUUUAUUGUGUGUAAUAUUUGUUAUGUGAUUAUGCUUUCAUGGUUUUAUAGUUUUAUACCUUUCCUUUGUACUAAGAAGACGUAGACCGAGAUAAAAAUCAAAGAAAAAUAAAAUGAUUAAAAAUAUAAAGAAUAAGUUAUUGUCAUGUUUAAAUCAUAAGAAAUAUAUUAAUAACUAUUAGUAAAACGACAUGCGGGCAAAACAUCUAGUUGGAUUUAAAUACCGAAUGUAUUAUUUCAAAAAGUAUUAAUAUUACACUGUGAUUGCUAAGAAACAAAAUUAUUAGUACUACAUAAUCUUUUUCUAAUGCAGAGAUAAAUUAUUAGCUAAGAACAAGUAAAUGUGUAGUACACCAAGCAGUACCAAUUUGUCCAAGCAUGAAUCAUGCCUUUUUGGCCCCUUGCCUUGUAGAAUGUUCUCAAAUCUCAUAUCUCUAAACCCUAGCUCAUUCUUUAGUAAAUAAAUGACGUUUAAUAACUAGUAAUAUUGAUUGGGAACCAUCUUGUACCUCCCUUUGACUACAACAAAAAGUAUCUCUCGUUUCUCUAAUAUAAUAGUUACACAAUCAUAUUAGCUUUAUUUUCAACGAGAUUUCACCCCUUCAUGAAAGUAAGUGAGAAUUCUUGUAUUUAUUUGCCUCAUAUAAUGAUUAGAAAUAUGUUGCAUCAAAGAAUAACUGAGUUUUUGCUAUGGAGCCGCAAAUUUUGUAUUCGUAACUAUGUGUUACACGUUUAAACUAUUGGGGUAAUCUAUGAAACUAUCAUAUGUUACUUACUCCAAGUACUAAAAUGUGUUUAUAUGUGACCAGGGCAUAUGUUUAUAUGUGACAAGGACAUGCCAUUUAG